UGUGUGUGAAGGUAACUCCGGUCAGCGCCUCCAGUAACUCGCUGGGAGUUGACAUUAGCCGAGAAAGAGACCCCCGCAGACCUCCAGCAAUCCGAGAGAGACAGACGCCUUUUCCCAGCCUCCCCUGGGAGUUGGGGAAAGGCAGCCAAGGUGACGGCAAGGAAAGAGGUGGACCCAGGAGCGGCAAGGUGUGUCCAAGUGACCGCGGGGAAAACAGAAGGGUAAGUCUGGGUUUCUACAGCAGGGUGGACCCGGAGGCUCUGACCUGGGCUGGAGGAGCAUUGUUGGCCGGCCUCUCGCCUUAAGAACCGCGCUCCUGGCCACCACUCGAAAUCCCCGGUGGAGCAGACGCUGAGCUCCCCUCGCGCCCAGGGCGCGGACGCUCCGCAGCGGCCACUUGGAGAGCUCCUGUGAGCGCGCCGGGCCCGCGCGCCCUCCGGGGAGAGUGGACCAACACCCCGACGAUCGGAACUCUUCUCUGCGUCCCAGACCCCUUCCCAUCCCCCCAAACAUGACCUAGGGGCACCGACACCAUGACUAAAGCGGCUGCAGGCGACGAGCUCUCGGGAUUCUUAGCUCUGAUGCCAGAGCUUCUGGAGGCAUCCAACGCCAGCGGCAACGGGUCUCUGCAGCUUCAGGACCUGUGGUGGGAGCUGGGGUUGGAGCUGCCCGACGGCGCGGCACCAGGGCAUCCCCCGGGCAGCGGCGGUAGCCAGGGCGCGGACACCACCGAGGCCCGGGUGAGGGUCCUCAUCAGCGCCGUGUACUGGGUGGUUUGCGCCCUGGGACUGGCGGGGAACCUGCUGGUGCUCUACCUGAUGAAGAGCAAGCGGGGCUGGCGCAAGUCCUCCAUCAACCUGUUCGUCACUAACCUGGCGCUGACGGACUUCCAGUUCGUGCUCACUCUGCCCUUCUGGGCGGUGGAGAACGCGCUGGACUUCAAGUGGCCGUUCGGCAAGGCCAUGUGUAAGAUCGUGUCGGUCGUGACGUCCAUGAACAUGUAUGCCAGCGUUUUCUUCCUCACUGCCAUGAGUGUGGCGCGUUACCAUACGGUGGCUUCGGCCCUAAAGAGUCACCGGACCCGUGGGCACGGCCUUGGGGGCACCUGCUGCUGCCAGAGUUUGGGGCACAGCCGCUGCCUGUCAGCCAAAGCUCUGUGCGUGCUGAUCUGGACUCUGGCCGCGCUGGCCUCGUUGCCCAACGCCGUUUUCUCCACUACCGUCAGAGUGAUGGGCGAGGAGCUGUGCCUGGUGCGGUUCCCCGAUCACUGGCUGGGCUGUGACAGGCAGUUCUGGCUGGGCCUGUACCACUCUCAGAAGGUGUUGCUGGGCUUCGUGCUGCCGCUGGGCGUUAUCAGUCUCUGCUACCUGCUCCUGGUGCGAUUCAUCUCCGACCGCCGCGUGGUGGCCACUGGAGGAGGGCCGGGAGCAGCUGCGACAUCCCGGGAUGCCCUGAGUGCAGCCAGCUCGCGGAGACGCUCCAAAGUCACCAAGUCAGUGACCAUCGUGGUCCUCUCUUUCUUCCUGUGUUGGCUACCCAACCAGGCGCUCACCACCUGGAGCAUCCUCAUCAAGUUCAACGCGGUGCCCUUCAGCCAGGAGUACUUCCUGUGCCAGGUCUACGCGUUCCCCAUCAGCGUGUGCCUGGCACACUCCAACAGCUGCCUCAACCCGGUCCUCUACUGCUUGGUGCGCCGAGAGUUCCGCAAGGCUCUCAAAAACCUGCUGCGGCGCAUCACGUCGCCGUCCCUCACCAGCAUGCGCCCCUUCACGGCCACCACGAAGUCCGAGGCCGAGGACCACGGCUUGCAGGCCCUGGCACCGCUCCGAGUCGCCGCAGAGCCCGAACUGCUUUACCACCCUCCCGGCGUAGUGGUCUACAGCGGGGCACGCUAUGACCUGCUGCCCAGCAGCUCAGCCUAUUGAGGCCUGCCGAGCAUCACAGCAUGGUUACAAAGCCAGGAGGUCUUCCAGGGAAAGGGAGAGAGGAGGGUGGAUUUCCAAGGCUGGAGGGGGGUGGGAGCGGAGCCCCUAGGGAUGUAGGAAAGCUUGGAGGAGGAGCCAGUGAGAGGGACCAGAGGGAGGCUGAAAAUCAGGGGAAAAGAGGAAGGUGGCAUAUUAGGGCUCACCCCUCAAGACCUAGCCAUCAGCCGAGGCUCUCCACUCCAUCCUCUCCUUGUGUGGUCCACCCAGGGCAGCGUGGUGUGCCCAGGAGUAGGGAUGAGGAUGAGGACGCAGAGGAGAGACUCGGCUACUUGUCAUGACCAACUGAGCGAGUGGUCCAGCGACCUUUAUGGGGUCUGUCCUGAGCAAGGAGUGCACCCCCCGUGUGCCUGCUCUGGGAGCCUUCAAUUUGGAAAAGAAGGACACAAACAGGCACAAAACAAUAAAUAAAUAAAGCGGGAGAGGCGCCCAUAGGAGCUAUGGUAUUCUUUGUCAUCCUGAGCAGGGCUAGCCUGCACAAGCUCAGCUCUACCUUGGCUCUGGGGCGUCUCAGAGACCGAGUGGUGUCGCCUCACCAGAUUGUCUGCGGAGUGGUGUCAGGACAGGAGAGAGAAACGUGUUCGAGUCCUGCCAUAGAGAAACAUUUCCAGACUUCAGUCUCUAAAGCAAAAUGUGUGUUUUCUUCACGAGCCAGCGGGAAAUACAGUCCCCGUGCCCCGGAAGCCUCGUCACCCGGGACAGUGCUACUGGGGACAGAAUCCCUGGGGACACUGGGGUCUGCUGCUGCUACUGCAGGUGAGCUGGGGGGGAAGCAUCUUGACAUGCUGUGAUGGGAGCAGAGGCGCCUCACUCUUCCCGAAGGGAUUGACUGGGACUCUGGACUGCUCAGUGGAGCUCAGUGAGGUUUGGGGGAGGCUAAGGAGAGGGGAAAAAGUGCUAUCGAUCUAUGCAUGAUUUUCCUGCACACAAAAUUCCUAGAAGCUCAGGUCUGAGCUUUCAGAUAGGGAUGGUGUGGAUCAGAGAAUGCAAAAUUCACGUGAAAAUCUGUCCUAAAGGAAAGAGAGAACUGGGGAGGCUGAUCCAAGGGGAUCACAGGAAUGUCAUUGGUGAUGACGGUAGGAAAUAAGAUUGCUCAUAUCAUUAACAAGAAAUGUUAAGGAACAAGGAUUCAAAUAGAUACUUCCCUAUCCACGUUCCAGUCCUUCUAGCUGUUCACAUUGCGCAUGAGGGACAGCCAUGGGGUUGCCUCGGAGAAUGAGUCACACUUCUCAUGACAGUUCUGUUCUUGUGGCAAUUUAACAUAUUAAGAUCCUCACCAUGUCCUUCCCGAGGCUAUUCUGAGAACAGAGAUCAAACAUCAGUCUCUUCUUCCAUCUGCCAAGAUCAAUAAAGGUGCUACUGUUUGCUCUGAAAGCUGAUCUGGGGUUCAGAGGCUGCUAAGCAGGUACCUUCUACUGUGGUGAGGUCUUAUUAAUAUAAUAAUUAAAAAAAAUUAGAAGACUGUGUCUGCUAAAGGACCUCAUAAGCAAUAGAGUUGCCUAGUAAUUUUGUUGAAAUUUUUCUGUCACGAGUGAGAUUUAAGACCCAAAACGUGGGACACCUCUGUCAUUGCUCCCCCACUUUGUGCAUCACAAUGACAAAUGAUCAUUUGACUUUCCACCAAAAGCAAAUCUUGCAGUGUCCUGAGAAGUCAAUGAUUUUCACACACACACACACACACACACACACACACACACACACACACACACACAGACUAAUGCUUCUGUUUCAAAGUGGCUCCAUUAGUUGUCUCUGGGGUUUAUUUACAGUACUACUUAAUAGCAAUCAGUCUAACAGAGACAAAUGAAAAAAGUGAACAUUGGAAGCAACAAGAGCUGCUAUACCCAUGGACAUUGACGGUAAACACUGCCUGAGGUUACGGUGACUUGUCGGUUCAAUUUUGACAGUGAAAUAGUUUGCAGGUAGCUCAGGAUACUCUUGAAAGUGUGGUGAAGUGAGUGGAGUGUGUGUUUCUGUUACUCUGGGCAUUGAAGAAAGAAAAGAGAGGGGACUGGAGGCAAAGUCUCCAUUUUAAAAAGCUCUGGACAAGGGGUCACCUUAUUCAUAUUCAAAGCCCAAGGUUUCAGGAAGCAGCAGGAAGACUGAGACCAUUGAACUCUGUGAAGUUGAAGGAAAGACUGCCAUGGAAGUGUGCAAGUCAGGUGCAAACGAUAAUUACCUUCCAUGUGCCUAUUGUGUACUAAGGCCUGUGCUGGGUGCUCAAGUCAUGAGGCAGAGAGCCUGGUCUUCAUUUAGAAGACCAUGGACCCCAGCACGAUAAGGUAGAAAAGAGGGAGUUGAAUGUCACAACAAAGUUAAAAUAGAAGCAAGACCAAUGGGCACAGAGGAAUCAAAAUUUUGACCAAAAUAUUAUUUCAGAUAAGCCAAUAGAGUGUGAAUAGAAUUGAUAUCAUUUAGACCAAUGAGGCCUGCAUAUAAGAGAGGCAGCAGCUAGUUUAGUGAAGAGAGGCAGGAAAUGAAGCAAUGUAGCUUGUCUUCUCCCAUAGGAUUACUAUAGAAAAUAUUUACUCGUGCUGGGCAUGGUGGCGCACGCCUUUAAUCCCAGCACUCAGAGGCAGAUGUAGGAGGAUUGCUGUGAGUUUGAGGCCAUCUUGAGA